AUGUAUUCCGAACAAAAUUAUCCCGGUUACGAAGCACUUAUAACAUAUUUGACGCGAAGCAGAAACAAAUCUUUUUUGGGCUUUUUACGCCGUUGCCGGGACGUGAUUGUUGCCACCACUUCAGCUACUUCUCGCUGGGUGGAUCUCGAUCACACCUGGGCUGUUAGAUUCAUAUCAGAAGCGGGAAAGUUAGGAGAUGAUUUAGAAGAAAAGGUUGGUUCGGAACGGGAGCGCCGUGCAAAAAAAUUGGAGGAUUAUUGGAACGAAGUAAUUUAUGAAUGUAAAUUAACCACUUAUUUUGCAUUUAUAUAUUAG